AUGGCCGCGCCUGUCAACCCCGCUCUUGAAGAGCUCCGUCGUCAACUGUACUCGAGCACGGACGCGUCUGCUCCUUUCACACCGGCCCUCAUUGACUACAUCAUCGCCUCUGCCCAGCGCGGCAUACUUCAUACUCCCCUCGACGGUCACCCGGCGGUUUAUAGUGUAACGCAGGGAUGGUCCGGCGCCCGCGUUGUAAGCCAAGCUGAGGCAGACGCCGAUGUUGCUGGCUUCAGCCGUGCGUCGCGGCGCCUACACUCAACUCCAUGGCAGGCCAUGACAUACGUCGACGUUCACAAUUGGACCGACUUGCCUCGUCGUCUGCGUCGUCACCGCGUCGACUACGCGCAACUCAACGCGGAGCUUGCGGCCACCGCUCAUCGCUUGCGCCUCGCCUCGGACAAGCCCCUGAUUGAACUUCCCGGCCAGGUCGGCGUCCCGGAGCAUACGCUCAAGAUCACUCCGUUGAAGUUCGCUCUCGACGCCCCAAACCCCGUCGCGACGUCGUUCGUGUGUGGCGGCUGCAGGGUGGACCUGGAAUUCACGAUGCCCAUCCCUCGGACGUCGUUUGCCCGUAUUCCCACCGACCCCGAGCUGCGCGGCGACGUGCCAGUAUCUGCAGUUCUCGCCGAAGACACGCUCAAUGCUGGGGUGCAGUACACCAAGAUCAACGAUGGUUUCAUCGUGUUUGUGGAGGUCGGCUCUGACAGCACGCUGCUCCGCGUGCUUCCCAAGUUCUACCUUUACAUAGACGAGCCCGCGCCUCUCCCUCCGCUUACCGGUCACCUACCUCCGCUCUGUGUGCCCAGUGUCUCGUUCGUGGCUUCCCGCGACGAAGAGCACUACUAUUGGGCGGUUCUGCAGGGCCGUCGUGUUGGUCUAUUCUAUGCUACAGUCUCCGAAAUGGACCAGUUGCUCCCGGCUGGCAAGUCCUACGCCAAGGCCAAUCUGACCAUCGAAGAGGCCACCGAAUGGUUCAAGACUUCGCUCCGCAACGGGUUCCCGCUCACCGAGGUCGAUCAAGCUCGACGCCUCGUGGACCAUGUAGCGGCGGCUCUCGACGAAUCGACCGACGCUGGUGCGCAGCCUUUCAGGGCUGCCCUGGCCCAGGUAGAUGGCUCGGCGUAG